AUGGAGCUGUUGAAUUUCAACAUGCUUUUCAUGCUACUAAUUUACUACAUAUUUUCAAUCGCCGCCGCUCCUCACCAAGCAACGGCCCUUGAAUUGGCAAGCGCAACACACCCGGCCAAUUUAACAGCGGAAGAACGAUCUACAGCCGAUGUCGCCACACUAACAUACGACGCGCAUAUUUUCAUGGAAUAUUUUCGCUGGCAUGGAGUACACAAUAUACUAUUGGUUGUCUGUCCAGAGGAUGUUGUCGCUCCCGCUGGGUACCGAAACUUGAAGUCUCUGUUACUCGAAUUUAUUGCCAAUGGAUUUCCAACGCGUAUUUUCAAUGGCCAGGACUAUGACGACAGCGAGCAAAUUGGGCGGCUCUAUGAGUCCAACAUACUAACUAAGGCUACUCCGAAUGGUCCAGCCACUGAAGGCUCUGCUACAUUUGGUCCACCGCGCACAUUUCGAAGCGAUAAUAGUACACGUCGUCCAUUGCGCUUGCAUCUGCCGCCAUUCACCUAUAAAUCCGGCAUUCUGUUAUUGGAAUUCGCCAACGCCUGUGCGCUUAAUGUGCUACGCUGGUCCGCUGCCUCCGAAAACAACUACUUCACCACAAAUCGCUUUUGGUUGCUACUCACCGCUGAUGAGGCACAUAUUUCACUACUCGAUGAUGAGGAAAUAUUUCUGCCACCUGAUGGUGAGGUGCGGGUUAUGGUGCGGCAGCCAGCAACGCAAUCCUUCGCUAUGCUCGAUGUGUAUAAAGUUGCCGCAGAAAAGCGUUUGAAAUAUGCUAAAAUGGGUGUGCCACAAAUGCGCGAUGUCAACGAUUUAUUGGAGGCGCUUCAAAAAUUUGGUUCAGCCAUUUCCUAUCGCCAAAACUUGGAGGGUAUCACCUUUAAAACGGGACUUGUUAUUGCUUUUCCCGAUUUGUUUACGAAUAUCGAGGAUAUAUCAUUGCGGCAUAUCGACACUAUUUCGAAAGUAAACAACCGGCUCACCAUCGAGUUGGCCAACAAAUUAAAUAUGCGGUAA